AUGCGAGAACUACUAAUAGCACUAAUAAUUCCGUUAACAACAUCCAUCUCGCAAGUGACCACACCAACACAAGGACAAUGUCAGGCAGUUUGCCUGCGUGAGUAUGCAAACCUAAAGGAAUUUAUCGCCCUGGAUGGAAGCCCAUAUCGCGAACCGAACGUCGUUAACAACAGCGAUUUCGCAUUGUGCAAAUUGGGCUGCGGUUCACCCGGAUUCACCGAAUUGAAAUUAGAACCGUUCAAAAGAGGGCAAGCCAUCUAUGCGACGAUCAUUAAUCAAGACGACCGAAGCGUGUUUAUCGCAAGUAAAUCACCGAUUCGAAAUGUGGCAUUAUUGUGCGCUGAUAGUGCUGAAAAUAAUGGAAGUGUUUUCUGGAAAGUUGGACUUGAUGUUCGAAAUAUGAGCGAGGAUGGAAUGUUAGCUCAUUGGGUCGAAGCUGUUCGACGAACGAAUAAUGAUGUGGCCAGUGAUACGGUUGUCUUCAGCACAUGGACCUACUCUUCCUAUGUGGAAUUUUAUGGUGCGGUCAGUGUAGCAAAUGCAUCUAUACAAUUUCGUGUCACAUCAUUCAAUGGAAGCGGACUUUUGGGACGUGUCUCGAAUUCAGAAUGGUACAGUGAAGAUCAGCUGGCAGGAGGGAAUUUCAUAGAAAUGAGUGUGGUUGAGGAGAUGUGGAAGGACGAGUUAGCAGCAGCUCGGAUAGCAUUCAAAUCCACGAAAAUAUCCUCAUGCUCACUUGUUCUCUCCUAUAACUCGCAUAUGGGUGUUGAACAACGAACAGAAUUGAUGAUGGACCGUUCUCGAGGAUUUCUUCUGGAUCGGCUAGCAUUUGAUCAUCCAUACACAAUUCGUUUAUGGCAUAUUGGUGCAGUAACCACUUCCUAUACUUCUUAUGAAUUUCGUACUCCUGAAUGUCUUAAGUUGGUUAACGAUCCGGCAUUGUGUGCACCACCUCCUGUCAGCGAUAUCUCAUGGAGUUGGAAUUCUACGGCAAAUGAGGGGAAUCGUAUUGUUUUAUCGUGGAUUUAUGGAUCACCCACUCAAAUGGUGGAAGAUGGAUCUCGUGUUGAACGUCGGGAUUCAAUACAACCUAUUGUGACAGCAUUUCCUAGGAUGGUUCAUUUUGAUAUAGCCAUCAAUCCUUUAGUUACAGCAUCACAGUAUCAGUGUCAAUUCCUGGACGGACAGAGACGUGUUGUGACAUGGACUCAUCGCUCUGUCGUUCUGUAUGUGCCGAAUGAAGAAUGCAAUUACGGUAUUGAAAUUACCGUAGUGGAUUCGCGAAAUCGUCGAAGCACGACGACGAAAACACAAGUGAUUCGUUACGAUGAAAAAUAUCAGAUGCUUUUGUCUGGAGACGGAUGGAAUACUGGCGUAAUAGUGUUAUCCUUGGUGAUUUUGGCGUGUUUUCUUACGGUAUCAGGAGGUUUGGUAGCGUGUCGAGUGCGAGAUCGACGAGAAUGGAACACGAUUAAGAGGAGUAUCAGUCCUCCCUCACCAGGUCUUACCAUAACAAGGACUACGUCAGCGUCUGUUGUUGGACUCACAAAUAAAUACGUUGUGAAUGAACGUUGCCCAAUGCGAACAGUGAAUAUGGUCCGACUGUCGUUCUCCGAUGGUAGCGAAGGUCCAGUAAGCUCCACUCCCAUAAUUAAGGAAAAUUCUGCCGCCGAAACAUCAGAAACUGAUGAUGUGUCGAAAGCUGGGACUUCACCCUCAACUGACGAGGCAGAUUAUGAUACAAUUGGAACUCCUAAGCUGACUCAUAAUCCAUGUCAAUCCGGCACAUGCACCGGAAAAUGCCUUGCAGCUUCAAUUAUCACGGGAGUAUCGAAUAUAAAGCCAUGCACAUUGAUGGUCCCACACGAUUGUUUGAUAGUUUGUCGACGAAUUUCACGAACACCAUUUUCGCUGUGGACCACCAAACAUGUGGUUUGGCCGACCACUGAACAGACGUUCGCCAUCAAAUAUUCGCAACAAGGCAUAGGGCAUCUACGUCGUGAAUUCAAAGUAUUGAAUCAUAUGUCAGUAAAUCAUAAGAAUAUGGUAAAGUGGUUAGGAGUUGGAGUGUGCAGUGGACAGGUGUUAUCCUUACUUUUUGAACCGUGUAGUGGUGGUACAUUAGCUGUUUUUUUGGAUGACGUCAGGAAAGCUCUUUUUCAUAGAGUAGUGGGCGAUGCAUCAUCGCAUGAUCAUCAAAUUCAUUAUCUUGCAUAUCAUCUUCAUAGAUACGCACUAAAUGUUGCUGAAGCAUUGGUGUUCCUACACGAACAGGGAUGUGUACAUUCGCAUAUAACAGCAGAAAAUGUGUAUUUAGCAUUGGAUUACAGUGAUCCACUGGAUAUUCCCUGUGAUCAAUCAGUGAAAUUAGGAGAUUUCUGUUGGGCAACAGUACCACGACUAAAAUGUGGAAGAGUCCAUUCACCGCAAUCCCUCCUUCCUCCAGAAGCUGUUUCUAAUGAUGAGAACUAUAGUAGCGCUACGGAUGUUUGGCAAUACGGUCUACUACUUGCAUCCAUGGUAACAUUAAAUUCCGUACAACCUCUGAUAUGCCUUCCACCGGAUUUACUUCUUACGGAUCGAAUUAUAAAGAACUACUACACGUGUCUUUCAAGCGGGAUUCGUCAAGUGGAGCCGUAUGUAGUCUCUCUAAAAAGUAAAAUCUUGAUGUGCUUGUCGUCAAAUGCGAAAAAUAGAGCGACAAUAAAAAAGAUUGAGAAAGAAAUCAUAUCCAUAAAUUUCACUGCCCCUGUAUCAAUUGCGGGCACAAGUUCAGUGCUCGUGUGA